AUGAAUAUCACUAAGGAAGAGGAAUUUGGAGGAGAAAGAGAGAUGCAGAAGGAAUUGGAUGCAAUGUUCCUUUUUAAGAGAGCUUUGUUUAAAAAAUAUUCUCAGCUUCUUGAUAAAAAUGCAGUCAUAAAAGAACUGAAUUACACUGAGUUGGAGUGUACAAAACAGCAUUCACUCUUGAAAGACAAAGUCUGGAGCUGUUGCCCAAAGGAUUGGAAGCCAUUUAGUUCCCACUGCUACUUCACUUCGAAUGACUCAGCAUCUUGGAGUGAGAGUGAGAAGAAGUGCUCCAGCAUGGGCGCUCAUCUGAUGGUGAUCCACAGCCAGGAAGAGCAGGAUUUCAUCACCAAGAUCCUGAAUCCCAAAGCUGCUUAUUAUAUUGGCCUUUCGGAUCCAGGUCACCGACAGUGGCGAUGGGUUGAUCAGACACCAUACAAUAAAAGUGCCACGUUCUGGCACCUAGGUGAGCCCAGCUAUGACUACGAACAAUGUGUUAUAAUAAAUCAUCGAUAUUCUGGUUGGGGCUGGAAUGACAUCGACUGCAGUGAUAAAGAUAGGUCAGUUUGUCAGAUGAAGAAAAUAUACUUCUGAAUUGAGCAUUCUCCACAGACAUGGGAUUGCACUUUUAUCCAGCACCACAUGGACACCUGAAAAGAUCUUCUUGUGGAAGAGAUGUCCAUAGAAAUUUAGGUAGGCAGCCAAUAGUUUUACAUAUGAUAGAUAAUACUGGUCCCCAUAUAUACUUCUUUAUUCAUCCAUUACUCUUUAUAUAGUGAGAAUUCCCCAUAUACCAGAGA